GUGGUUUGUUUUGACAGUUUUUUGUCCUUAAAAGGUAUAUUUUAGGCAGAUUGUUCUUGAGAUUUGAUAUGGUGUUUUUUUGGUUGUUGGUGUGGGUAUAAAUGUUAAUGUUUUAGAGAAAGUACAUUGACUUUGCGUCUUGCACAAUGGCUUCAAGUAGUGAUCAGAAGGAAGUGUCGUACAAAGAUAUUCAACGAUACAUUCAUGAUGUCUCCCCAGUCAAAAUCCCUGCCAAUCCGAGAUCCAACAGAUAUUUCGACUUUAAGUUUCAGCAAGGGCAGGACCAGAUGAGAGUUGUUUGUUUCAACACUGAGAGGAGAGAUCAGGUGAAAGAGAAAGAAGAGUGCAAGAUCCCCGUCACGGAAACCAAUGUGAGUCCUAGCAUAAGGAAAUACACAGACCAAGUAGAGUACAGAAUGAACAAAUUCUCAAGGGUUUCCAGAGUGAAAAAUCUUUCAUUCCAGUGGAAGGAGCUUGAACGAUGCUGUGAAAUGUCCAUAAAGGAAAUUCUAGACAAGAAAUCUGACAGGGAUGUUGUCACCUUGAAGGCAAAAGUUCUA